AUGGAUGUCUCAAGUAGCAAUGGCUUAACAUUUGUCCUGCUGUUAUUUGCAUUCUAUGUGAUGCAUAUUAAUGCAGAAACUCAAACCUGCACCAACCGUUGGAGCCCAUGUUUUCUCAAGAAAAUACCAUGCCCUGCUGAGUGCCCUUCAACAUAUCCAACUAACCCAAAAGCCAAAGUCUGCUAUCUUGAUUGUGAUUCUCCCAUAUGCAAAACUCAAUGCAAAAGGCGGAAACCAAAUUGCAAUGGCCGUGGAUCCGCAUGCUUGGACCCCCGCUUUGUCGGAGCAGAUGGCAUUGUUUUCUACUUCCAUGGAAGGCGCAAUGAGCAUUUCAGCUUAGUAUCUGAUAUCAACCUUCAAAUCAAUGCCCGUUUUAUUGGCCUUAGGCCAGUAGGGAGAACAAGGGACUAUACUUGGAUUCAAGCACUGGGAAUCCUCUUUGAUUCCCACAAAUUUUCUAUUGAGGCCACCCCAUCAUCAAUUUGGGAUGAUGAAGUUGACCAUUUGAAGCUCUCUUAUGAUGGAAAGGAACUUGUCAUCCCAGAAGGUCACCUCUCUAAAUGGCAAUGCCAAGAAAAUCAACUUAGAGUAGAGAGAACAUCAACCAAGAACAGUGUUAUGGUUAUUCUCCCAGAAGUUGCUGAGAUAUCUGUCAAUGUGGUUCCUAUCACCAAGGAGGAUAGUAGAAUCCAUAACUAUCAGAUCCCUGAUGAUGAUUGUUUUGCUCACUUGGAGGUGCAGUUCAAAUUCUAUGGUCUAACAUCCAAAGUUGAAGGAGUUCUUGGCAGAACCUAUCAGCCAGAUUUUCAAAAUCCAGCAAAGCUAGGUGUGGCAAUGCCAGUAGUUGGAGGGGAACACAAGUAUAGAACUACCUCACUUGUUUCUGCAGACUGUGGUGCUUGUAUAUUCUCUCCUGCUAAAGCUUCAGAGAAGGAAGACUCAGUCAUGGAAUCUGGGAUGAUGGAUUGCACUGGUGGUGCCAACAGUGGUAAUGGUAUAGUUUGCAGAAGAUAA